AUGGACGCAAAAAUCCGGCGCCUGCGUCCCACCACGAAAUCCGAAUGUUUGGCAUUCUGCAAAAACACGUCGAAAUUUUACUCCGGAAAAUUUCGUCGAUUCCACGACGAAUUCAUCGUUGGAUUUGACACUUCUUUCAACGCUCUUAAAGAUUCGACGAAUUAUUUUGCAUUAGUUUAUAUUAUCCAUCUGUGGGCUAAAAGUUUUGACGGCAUAAUCAAAAGGCGCUGGAGGGGAAGGUAAACUUUCGAUUGUUUUUUGUUUUUGUAAAUACUUUUUCUACGUGUUCACAUUGAUAAAUGGGGGUUUCAGAUUGGAAAUGCUAAAGAUUUGA